AUGAAGCGUACUUUCGUUUCAGUAGCAGGUGCUACCGCGGCAUCGGCGCCCAGUCUGUCAAGCAUUUGCAGCAGCUCGAAUGUCAAAAGCGCUCUUCCCUGCAUCACCGGCAUCAACUAUGGCGAUGUCACAGCUGCUGGAGUUUACAAUGCUUCUGUUGAGGCCGGCGACGACUACCCAGCAACCAGUGGACGCAAUUACUGCAAUGUGACUGUCAACUACUCCCAUGGUGGGAAGUCGGACAGUGUCAACGUCUGUUACUACCUCCCCGAGCCAUCUCAGUACGAAGGACGCUUCCUCGCGACCGGCGGUGGUGGCUUCGCAAUCAACUCUGGUGCAUCUGGACUCGAUGGAGGCCUCGUCUACGGCGCCGCAGCAGGCUGCACAGAUGGCGGCAUGGGCUGGGGCCGCGAGCUGGAAGAGGUGAUGUUGACUGUGAAUGGUAGCAUCAACUACGACAUGCCUAACAACCUCGGCUACCUCUCAGUCCACGAAAUGACAGAGAUCGGCAAAGGUCUUUCGAAGAACUUCUACAACUCCUCCAAGCUCUAUGCAUACUACCAAGGAUGCAGCGAAGGCGGAUGCGAUGGAUGGUCACAGCCGCACCAUGACUGGCCACAAAUUUUCGAGACUGCUGACCUCAACGGAUACGCUCCAAACAGCUGCGCUCUCGCCAAGAUCGUCAAUGAGACGAUCGCUGCCUGCGAUGCGCUCGAUGGCAAGACCGAUGGUGUAGUCGCACGAUCGGACCUCUGCCAUCUCCAUUACAACGCCACAGCUGCCAUCGGCAAAGCAUACUCCUGCGCCGCCUCCACGUCCAUCAAUCUGAUCACCGGCGCAGUCUCAGGCUCAAGCCCAGCCGCCAACGGCACAGUCACCGCCCACGACGUCGCAGUCUUCCUCGCAGUCCAAAACGGUCCCUACGACAGUAACAACAGACACCUCUACGUCGGCUUCCAACCCGGCACAGACGCCGCCCCCAACGCCGCAGGUACUUACAACACUGCCCCCGGCUCCUACGACGUCGCAGCCAUCAGCGGCAUCGGCGCCGAAUGGAUCCAGUACCUCCUCAACAAAGUCGAAGAUGAAAGCCUCUCCCUCAAAGGCGUCGGUGUCGAUGCACUACGCUGGACAAGGUCUCCCUCACCGUGGGACAUGUCAACAACCACAAUCCUAGCCUCGCCACGCAAGAAUUUCAAAAUUUGCACAGCAGCAGCAACGGACCGUGUCUCUCCACCCAGUACAAGGAUGUUUCUCUCUUCAGGCAUCUCAUGCGUCCCUCGUGCGGUCAUCACGUUGAUCCCCUUGUAA